AUGGAGCCGUGGCCAAUAGAUGAGAGCAGAAUGCUGCAGGAGAAGGAUCAACUGCAACUAGGAGCGGAAUGGUCGGAAGAGGAGGUGAAAGCGGAGCUCAAGGGUCUACCAUUGGGGAAAGCCCCGGGGCAAGACGGCCUACCGAAGGAAUUUUUUGAGCACCACUGGGAGCUACUCGGCCCGGCUGUGAUGAAGGAGGUUAAGGGCUUCGAGUCGACCGGGGUACUCUCGGAGGCGUUCACAACUGCGGUCACCAUCCUGCUACACAAGAAAGGAGACAGAUGUGAUUUGGGCAAUCAUAGGCCGAUCACUUUGCUGAGCUUCUUCUACAAGUUACUGGCGAAAGUGAUGGCGAACAGGAUCAAACUUGUCUUACCGCGGGUGAUCUCGGACAAGCAGUUCGGCUUCCUUCCGGGGAGGAGCCUUGCUGACGCGGUCUCGCUGGUAGCAGAUGUAAUUGACGCUGCGGAGGAGGAGGAUGAAGAUUGGCUGCUGCUGCUGGUGGACUUUCAAAAAGCUUACGAUUCCGUGUCGAGAGAUUACCUGUUCAAGACGCUGGGUGACAUGGGCUUCCCGGAGAAAUAUGUGCGCUGGGUAAGAGGUCUGCACGACGGAGCAGCAACCAAGAUGCUGCUGAACGGUUGGGUAGGAGAUCGUGUGGCGAUGGACAAGGGUGUGCGACAAGGUUGUCCGCUCGCCCCGUAUCUCUUCCUUUGCGCGGUGGAGCCACUCUGCCAGGAAAUAGAGAGGAGAAAUCUGGGAGUUCGGAAACGGGGGGUGAAGGGGGAGCUAGCCUACAUCGGAUACGCUGAUGAUACGACUCUCGUUCUGAGAGGGAAGGAGCAAGUGGUUACAGCGGGAAAGCUGCUCGACGAAUUUGCAGAAAUUUCGGGGCUGAGGGUGAACAGCAGCAAAACGACACUGAUGCCGCUGGGGAAGAAUAGGAGGAGGCUGCAGCCGAUAGCAUCACUUUUCCCGUGGGCUGACAAGGACAAGUCGGAGCGGUUACUUGGAAUCUGGAUAACAUCUGGGGGGUCGCCGGGUCCUGCAUGGGACAAAGCAUUUGAAAAGGUCAGCGCGGUGCUGAGCUGUUGGGAAUCAAAGCAUCUCAAGACGUCGGCGAGAGUCACAAUUAUUAACAGCUACGCGAUGCCGAUCUUGCUGUUCCAAGCACAGAUCUACGCCCCGCCGCAUGAUAUCUGGACCAAGGUGAAACGGCUAUGUCACAACUUCAUCUCGGGUGGAAGAGCGCUUCUUGAUCGGCACUUCACCCUUUGGAGUUACGAGCUGUCGUGCAGGGGAAGGAAAGAAGGGGGUCUGGGAGUAAUUGAUCUGAAGCAGCGGAUUGACAGCAUUGUGAUACAGAAUUUGGGAAAAGUUCUGACGGAACAGGUGCCGCUGCGGAACUGGUUAUGGGAGAGAGCGGCCGGCUUCCCACUCGGGCUGGCCGCGAUUUACGCCCAUCCCUCAGUGCUGAAGCAUUGGCUGGGCGGGGGUACGAGGUGGAAGGCAGCUGUGAAGGCGCUGUGGGAAUCGAAGAUCGUGACCAUGGGCGACCCUAUACACAGAUGGGAUGCGGAGGAGGAGCAGCUGCUUUUUAACCGCAAGAUAUUCUUCAGGGGCGGUUCGCCUUUCGGAAACCAGGCGGGCUCGCACAGUUUGAAGGGUGUCCGUCUGGGGGACCUGAUAGCCAAAGCUGAGGAAGGUGAUGAAACCCUCUUUGUCUCAGCCAAAGCAGAAGUUGCGGUGGGAGGAGGUGGCAGGGAGGAAAAUCGAUUGGGGAAGGCCAUCACGGUCCGGGACUCUUUGGCAACCCCAUGCAGAGCGAGGGAGGUGGUGCUGAGGCUGCACAGCAACAACCUGCAAGUGGGGGAGAGGUUUCUUUCCUGGGGGAGAGGGCGAAAUGUGUGUACUGCGGAGGGGUGGAGUCGCAGGAUCACUGUUUAUUCAGCUGCCCGGCGAUCCAGCCAGUGGUCAGGGUAA